GAUCAAGAAAACAAAUCCUCCCUAAAAGACUGACAGCAUACACCCCCAUGGCCACCGUCGACCCAUCAGUGACCUCGGCACAGACCCUCCAGCUCGCAAAGACGGCGAAGAGGGACUACCUCGUCGCCAUCGAACAGCGCUACCAGGACCUCUGGCGCCAACAAGCCGUCUUCGAACAAAACCCUCCCUCCCCCGAAGACCUCGCAGCCGCCAACCUCGACGCCUCCUCCGAUCCCGACAAUGUCCGCGAAGCGUAUCCUAAGUGGUUCGGUACCAUGGCCUACCCCUACAUGAACGGAUCCCUCCAUCUCGGACAUGCGUUCACGUUGACCAAGGUCGAGUUUGCCGCUGGAUGGGAGAGAAUGCAGGGAAAGCGUGCGUUGUUCCCGCUUGGGUUCCAUUGUACUGGUAUGCCCAUCAAAUCCGCCGCCGACAAAAUCGCCCGUGAGCUCGAGAUGUUCGGUCCCGAAUUCAAGCUUCCCGAGGAGACAGAUGAGGAUCUCGCCAAUGGCACCGCUGCGGUGUCUCUGAACUCUCAGCCUUCCGGAAAUGCCGACCCCACCAAAAUCGUUGCCAAGAAGGGUAAACAAGCAGGAAAAGCCACCGGCCUCAAAUACCAAUUCCAAAUCAUGCAACUCGGCGGCGUCCCUACCUCCGAAAUCCACAAAUUCGCCGACGCCUCAUACUGGCUCAAAUACUACCCCCCAAUCUGCCGCGAAGACUGCGAAUCCUUCGGUGCACGUGUCGAUUGGCGCCGAUCAAUGAUCACGACCGAUGCGAACCCGUAUUACGAUAGCUUCGUGCAGUGGCAGAUGAGGAAGUUGAAGAUGUUGCAGAGGAUUAAGUUUGGAGAGCGGUAUACGAUUUAUUCUGCGAAGGAUGGUCAACCGUGUAUGGACCACGACCGUUCGUCCGGAGAGGGCGUCGGACCCCAGGAUUACACCGGUAUCAAGAUCGAAGUGACGCAGUGGUCUCCCGCUGCCGCUGAAGCCCUCAAGUCUUUUGAGAGUGAGUUGGCUGGAAAGAAGGUCUUCAUGGUCGCUGCGACACUCCGUCCUGAGACAAUGUACGGCCAAAGUAACUGCUUUGUCGGACCUUCCAUCACUUACGGUCUCUUCGCCUCCAACAAAUCGGACGAGGUCUUCCUCAUCACCCGCCGUGCAGCCAACAACAUGGCCUUCCAAGGCCUCUCCCCCGAACGCGGUGUCGCCACCCAACUCGGUCAAAUCAAGGGUGACGUCCUCGUCGGCACCAAAGUCAAGGCGCCGUUGUCGGUGUAUGAGGAGGUGUAUGUCCUCCCCAUGGAGACCGUCUUGGCGACUAAGGGAACGGGUGUCGUUACGUCUGUUCCGUCUGAUUCGCCCGAUGAUUACAUGACUUGUCAGGAUUUGAGGAAGAAGGCUGAGUAUUACAAGAUUGACCCCUCCUGGGCUUCCCUCGACGCCGUCCCCAUCAUCAGGACUCCCACGUACGGAGACUUGACUGCCCCCGAACUUUGCAAGCGUAUGAAGAUCCAGUCCCCCAAGGACGCCAAGUUGUUGGCCGAGGCAAAGGAAGCUGCGUACAAGGAGGGCUUCUAUCAGGGUGUCAUGCUCAUCGGCAAAUACGCCGGUGAAAAAGUCGAAAAAGCUAAACCCCUCGUCCGGAAAGACCUGAUCGACGCCUCCCUCGCUUUCGUCUACAACGAACCCGAAGGCCUCGUCAUGUCCCGCUCCGGGGACGAAUGUGUCGUGGCCCUCUGUGACCAAUGGUACAUCGACUAUGGAGAGUCGACUUGGCGGGCUGUGGCGGAGAGGUGUUUGGGCGGGAUGAACACUUUUGCGAAGGAGACGAGGAAUGCGUUUGAGGGGGUGUUGGCGUGGUUGAAUCAGUGGGCUUGUGCGAGGAGUUAUGGAUUGGGGACGAAGUUGCCUUGGGACCCGCAGUAUUUGGUUGAGUCUUUAUCUGAUUCUACCAUCUACAUGUCGUACUAUACUAUUGCGCACCAGCUUCAUUCCUCGAUUGAUGGAGCGAAGGUUGGGCCUGCGGGUGUCAGGGCGGAGGAUUUGAAUGAUGCGGUGUGGGAUUACAUCCUCUGCCGUGGAGAGAAGCCUGAGACCUCUGUCCCGAUUGAGACUUUGGAUAAGUUGAGGGCGGAGUUCGAGUACUUUUACCCGCUUGACGUUCGUGUUUCGGGUAAGGACUUGAUUCCUAACCACUUGACUAUGUGGAUCUACAACCAUGUCGCUAUCUUCCCCGAGCGAUUCUGGCCAAAGGGUGUUCGUGCUAACGGACACUUGUUGCUCAACGGUGAGAAGAUGUCCAAGUCGACUGGAAACUCCCUCACCAUGCGUGAAGCCGUCGGCAAGUUCGGUGCGGAUGCUACGCGUAUUGCGUUGGCUGAUGCUGGUGACGCGAUCGAGGACGCAAACUUCGAGGAAGCGACGGCAAAUGCUGCCGUUUUGAGGUUGCACACCCUUGCGGAGUGGUGUGUCGAGAUGACGAAGGACACGACACUCCGUACUGGCCCCAAGGAUUCGUUGUUCGACCGCGUCUUCGAGAACGAGUUAAAUGCGUUGAUUGAGGUCACGAAGGAGCAGUAUGAUGCUGCGUAUUAUAAGAACGCGCUCAAGUGGGGCUUCUACGAGUUGCAGUCUCUUCGUGAUUGGUACCGCGAGGUCGUUGCAGAGAAGGGUAUGCACAAGGAUUUGGUUAUGCGUUUCAUUGAGGUUCAGGCUUUGUUGAUUACCCCCGUCGCGCCCCAUUUCGCCGACUUUGUCUGGAUGGAGAUUUUGGAGAACAAGACUACUGUCCAGAACGCGCUCUACCCCAAGGUCUCGGCGCCGGUCGACAAGACCCUUUCCGCGACUCUCGAGUACAUUCGUGGACUUACUUCCUCAAUUCACUCCGCUGAAGGCCAACAACUCAAGAAGCAAAAGAAGGGUAAGCAAAACCUCGCUUUCGACCCUAAGAAGCCCAAGAAGUUGUCUAUCUUCGUCGCAGCCGCAUACCCCGCCUGGCAACAAAAGUACGUCGACCUCGUCGGCGAGCACUACGACUCCGCCACCAACACCAUCGACGACAAAGCCCUCCUCCCCAAGGUCUCCAAGAUGGGCGAGGUCAAGAAGGCUAUGGCCUUCGUCCAGAUCAUCAAGCAGAAGCUCCAGACGCGUGGAAAUGUUUCUGCUGAGGAUAUCUUGAGUCGCAAGCAGUUGUUCUCUGAGGGUGAAGUUCUUUCCAGUAUCCUUGGGUUCUUGGAGAAGAGUGUUGGUGCGAAGGAGACGGAGGAUGGAGGUGUCAAGGGUGUCAAGGGCGCGGAGGAGGUUGAGGUUCCUGUGCAGGCGUUGAGUGCUGUGCCUCAGGAGCCUUCGUUCGUGUUUGUCAAUGUUGAGGCCUAA